AUGAGUCCAUCAUUUGCUUCUUCUGUCUAUGCUAGUAUUCAAGUAUUAGGUUGGGAUAUUGUUAAUAUAUGUUCACCAAUUAUUAUUCUAUGUGUUAAUUCGAAAUUACGUCAACAUGUUUCGGAUAUUUUUUGGACCACAAAACCAGAAAUUAUAACACCAGAGGCACCAGUUUGUAAGUUUUAAUUAUUUUUUUUUUUUCAUAUUGGAAAAUGUCAUUAUUUUUUUUAGAUAUGUUCAAUCAUUUGGUAUCGAGAAGAAACACCACUUUUUAA